GCGACACCCCGCGCCGCCCGCGGCCGCUCCAGCGCCAGCCACGCAGCGGAGCCGGAGCCGGGCCCGCCGGGAAGGACGGACCAGCCCCUGCCAAAUUUCUGAGGCGGCUCACGGCUUGGAGGAAGGCUCUUGUGAAUGAAGGGCGGCUAAAGUGACAGCGCAGGGAUUUAAUCCUCCUCCGGCUGCCGUGUGACCAGCAGGCUGAUUCGCGGUGCCAAACGAGGCCGGUCAGAGCCGAGGACCAGCAGCAGGGGCCCGGGCCUCCAGAGUGAAAGAGUCGCCGGCCACCCCAGGAAAUAGCAAACUGGAGCUUUUGUCCUGGGACACGGCCACCUACCACAGGCAUCAGAGAGUGUGGCUGGCCAGGAGGGUCCUGCAGCCUGCCAGGGAGGUGUCUACGGAGGCCGGCUCUGGGCCACUGGCGCAGUGAGAGACGGAGAGUCCAACGCGAAGGGAGGUGUGAAAUGUCUCCAGCAAGACCGGCGGCUUUGGGCGGGGCCGGGUGAGCCCCGCAGGCUCCGGUGACUUCCUUCGGCCAGCUCUGGCUCUGGCACUGGCUCUGGCCCUCAGGGGACUCGGGGCUCUGGCAGUCCCCAAGUCCCGGCUCCCAGCCGCCCCGCCUCCUCUGCUCCUCCCCAACCUGCCCUUGAUCGGGGCCUCUGUGCUGAGAUGGAGACGUGAGCCAGUGGUGACGGUGACGAUGACAGCAGUGUAUGUGCAUGGAGGUGGCCUGGUGACCCCCCACUAUGCCAGGUGGGACCGGCGGGACAGCGUGGAAAGCGGCUGCCAGACAGAGUGCGACCAGGAGGCCGAGGAGGAGGGGCAGGCUCGCCAGCUGACACCCUUCGAGAAGCUGACCCAGGACAUGUCCCAAGACGAGAAGGUGGUGAGGGAGAUCACCCUGGGGAAGCGGAUCGGCUUCUACCGGAUCCGGGGGGAGAUUGGAAGCGGCAACUUUUCCCAAGUCAAGCUCGGGAUUCACUCCCUAACCAAAGAAAAGGUGGCCAUUAAGAUCCUGGACAAGACCAAGUUAGACCAGAAAACCCAGCGGCUGCUGUCCCGCGAGAUCUCCAGCAUGGAAAAGCUGCACCACCCCAACAUCAUCCGCCUGUACGAAGUGGUGGAGACGCUCUCCAAGCUCCACUUGGUGAUGGAGUAUGCAGGGGGUGGGGAGCUCUUUGGGAAAAUUAGCACUGAAGGGAAGCUCUCGGAGCCGGAAAGCAAGCUCAUCUUCUCCCAGAUUGUGUCGGCCGUGAAGCACAUGCACGAAAACCAAAUUAUUCACAGAGACCUGAAAGCGGAGAAUGUGUUCUAUACCAGUAGCACGUGUGUGAAGGUGGGCGAUUUCGGAUUCAGCACAGUCAGUAAAAAAGGCGAAAUGCUGAACACGUUCUGCGGGUCCCCGCCCUACGCGGCGCCGGAGCUCUUCCGCGACGAGCACUACGUGGGCGCCUAUGUGGACGUCUGGGCCUUGGGGGUGCUGCUGUACUUCAUGGUGACGGGCACCAUGCCCUUCCGGGCGGAGACCGUGGCCAAGCUGAAGAGGAGCAUCCUGGAGGGCGCGUACCACGUGCCCGAGCACGUGUCGGAGCCCUGCCUCCGGCUCAUCCAGGGCGUCCUGCAGCCGGUGCCCGGCGAGCGGCUGGGGAUCGACCCCAUCAUGAACCACGAGUGGAUGCAAGGGGUGCCGUACCCCGCCCCUCUGGAACCUUUCCAGCUGGAUCCCAAACAUUUGUCGGAGACGGGCACCCUCAGAGAGGAAGAAAAUGAGGUCAAGAGCACGCUGGAGCAUUUGGGUAUCACGGAAGAGCACAUUCGAAACAACCAGGGGCGGGACGCCCGGAGCUCCGUCACGGGCGUGUACCGGAUCAUUCUGCACAGGGUCCAGAGGAGGAAGGCGCUGGAAAGUGUCCCCGUAAUGACGCAACCAGAGCCUAAAGACAGGGACCUAAAGAAGGGAUCCCGUGUCUACAGAGGCAUAAGACACACGUCCAAAUUUUGUUCAAUUUUAUAAAGCGCGUUGGACUGCUGGUACUGAACCAAAAUCAUUGCUGCUGCUUUUACAUUUUUUCAGACAACUUG